AUGUCCACGUCCAUGGAAGAUGUGCUUCUGCAAGUGCCGCAGGUUCGAUAUAAAAAAGGGGACGGUACUCUCUUUCUCAUGGACCAAAGGCUCAUUUGGAUGGUGGAAAAUAAAGACACCGUAGCCGUUUCGCACCUUUACGCCGAUAUAAAAUCUCAGAAAAUCUCGCCCGAAGGCAAAGCCAAAGUUCAAUUACAAGUAGUUCUUCACAAUGGCGUCUCUUCGACGUUUCAUUUUACCAAUAAAUCGGGAAUGCCGGCUCAAUUGGCCGAUAGGGAUAAGGUUAAAGAGAUGCUUCAAACGUUGUUGCCUAAAUUCAAACGAAAAGUAGAUAGAGAGCUCGAAGAGAAGAAUAAACUUCUAUCGAGCAAUCCCGCCUUAUUACAACUAUAUAAAGACUUGGUGAUGACUAAAGUGGUGACAUCGGAAGAGUUUUGGUCUCAGCACGCUCAACAGUAUACUCAAAAACAGAAUCAACAAUCGCAAGAAAUUGGUGUAUCGGGAGCUUUCCUGGCCGAUAUUAAACCCCAAACAGACGGUUGUAACGGACUUAAAUACAACAUUACACCCGAUAUUAUCGAAUGCAUUUUCAAAACAUAUCCAGCCGUUAAAAAAAAGUAUAUCGAUAACGUUCCUUCUAAAUUAAGCGAAUCUCAAUUUUGGACGAAAUUUUUCCAAUCCCAUUACUUCCACAGAGAUCGUAAAUACGCAGAGAGCAAAGACAUCUUCACCGAAUGCGGCAAAAUGGACGAUCAAGAAAUGAAGAAAGACAUGCAAAUAGGCGUCAACGAUCCCUUCAUCAACCUAACGGAAUUCGAAGAUAAAACCCUCGACGAUGGGUACGGAACGGGCUCCGAUGUGAUCAGCAACAGCGGUACAGUCAGCCAGGCAAUGAUCAAACGGUUCAACCAGCACUCGAUCAUGGUGUUGAAAUCCAGCAAAAACAAAUCGUCCGAUCAGAAUAACACCCAGCAAAACGGCGCCGUCCAAACACUAAACGGGGACACCAACAACUCCGAGCACAUCGUCAAGAAACAAAGACUCUUAGAGAAGAUAACGUACGAUGAUUUAGAGGAUGCGGAAGUGAAUAAAAACGCCAAAAACGUUCAAUUAAACUUAUCAAAGGUGGAGAGAUACCUUCACGGACCGAUGCCCGAUACGAAUAGCGACUAUAUAAAUUCGAGCGAGGCGUCUCUGAUCCUCCGAGGCGUGAUGCAGGAGACCAAGCAGUGGACCGGCAGGAAUCAAACUACCUCGUUGGUGACGCCGGCCGCGGCCGUCGGGGCGCUGGGCGAGCUGUCGCCGGGCGGGGCCCUCAUGAGGGGUUUCCAAGAGCAGUCUUUGGCUCAAUUGGUACCGAGUGAUAUAGAAAAAGAAGUUAGAAAUCUCUAUUUCGCUUUGUGCGAAUUGCUGAAGCACUUUUGGAAAUGCUUCCCUCCUACGACGCCUACGACCGAAGCCAAAUUAAUUAAAAUGCACGAAGCACUGCACAGAUUCCAUACUGCCAAAUUAAAACCUUUCGAGGAUAAACUGUUAAGGGAACUCUCACCUCUAUCGCAUCAUCUCACGAAACAUCUAAAUCAGUUAUUGAACGCGGCCUAUCAGAAAUUCAAUAACUGGCAGAAGAUCAAAAACCGUUGA